AAUGGUGAUUAGGGUAGAUUAGUAUCUACCAUCGACUUAUGUUUUUGGCUGGAUCUUUAUUUAAUUGAUUCCGAAGCAAUGAAAGAUAAAAUUGACAUCGACGGAAUUUGAGGUCAGAACGAAAGAAGCACUGCUUGGCCUAAAUAAUUACUAUUAAUUUUGAUACACGACUACAAUUUCGUUUCGGUAUAGUAUUUCCCUUUUUAUAAGUUUUCGUCAGGGAUACCUGUAGUAGUAGAUAUUCUUUGACCUUUUCUCCGAAAUUAGUGACUUUUCUGGGUGAAUUUCUACAUUUGUAUCAAAGCUGCAGAGGAAAGGAUUAUACGGAAGAUAAGAAGUCAGAUUAGAUUAUUAUCAGAUGACAUCUGCUUCACAGGAUUUUUACAUAAGCAACGUCAUUGGAAUGGAAAGUCUUUUGAAGACUGAGCAAAGAUGUUAUACAAAACACGUAUAACCCUGUUUCUAUAAAUAUUUACUGAAUUACUGCAAAAUAUAUCUUCUGAACUCUGACAUAUAUGUAGCAAAAUUUCUCUUCUUUAUUGUCUGGAAUACACAGAAAAUUAUAUUUGCAUAUUAAUUAAUCGUUUAGCAUUAAACCUGGCCGUAUCAGUCCCAAACGUUCAAGCUAUUUUACGUUAAAACUGCCCACAUCUGGCCUCUUCCACUCACCCUGCAAUGUCAUUCUAAACAUAAGGAAUCACAUCAUUGAAAUCUUAAAGCAAUAAGAUAAUAAAUGAUUAAUUCAGAAGAAUUUGAAUAAAUAAUCAUUACAUUUGACAGAGUAAUCUGAAUGUUAAUGAGUUAAAGCAAUUAAGAAGUCAGUUUGCAGCAUCUUCAGAUAUUAACAAAGAUCACUUUUGAUGGAGAUAUACCAGUAGAAAUAUUUAUUAAGAGUAAUAUACGAGAAGAAGGAAAACAUUUGUGUACUGUGACGAGAGAAAGGAAAAUGAUGGAAAAUGAAUUAUAUCUGAGUGAAGUUAAAUGUAAAAGAGAGUCUGAAGAAAUUGACUUUUCUGAUGAGGAAAAGAAUGAAAAGGGCAAAACAGCAUUUGAGUGUGAUAUCUGUGGUAAAAUAUUAUCUCAGAAAGGUAGCUUAGUUAUUCACCGACGUAUUCAUACAGGAGAGAAGUCAUAUCACUGUGACGUUUGUGGUAAAUCAUUUUUUGAUACUCAUCAUUUAACUAUUCACAAACGCAUUCAUACAGGAGUGAAAUCAUAUCGCUGUGAUAUCUGUGGUAAAUCCUUCUCUCAAAGUUAUAACUUAACUAGGCACAAAUACAUUCAUACAGGAGAAAAACGAUAUCACUGUGAUAUCUGUGGUAAAUCCUUCUCUGAAAUUAGUAAAGUAACUAUUCACAAGCGUGUUCAUACAGGAGAAAAACCAUGUCACUGUGAUAUUUGUGGUAAAUCAUUCUUUGAUAAAAGUUACUUAACUAGACACAUACGUAUUCACACAGGUGAAAAGCCAUAUCAGUGUGAUAUCUGUGGUAAAUCUUUCUCUGAAACUAGUCCCUUAACUAUGCACAAGCGUACUGUUCACACAGGAGAAAAACCACAUCGCUGUGAAAUCUGUGGUAAAUCAUUCUCUCAAAAUAAUGCCUUGACUAUUCACAAACGCAUUCAUACAGGAGAGAAGCCAUAUACAUGUGAUAUCUGUGGUAAAUCGUUCUCCAGAAGCUAUGCCUUACCUCGUCACAGACGCAUUCAUACUGAAGAGAAGCCAUAUCAUUGUGAUAUCUGUGCUGAAUCAUUCUCUGAAAGUGGUAGCUUAACUAAGCACAAGCGUAUUCAUACUGAAGAGAAACCAUAUCAUUGUGAUAUCUGUGGUGAAUCAUUCUCCGAUGGACACAAGUUAACUGUUCACAAAUACAGUCAUUCAGGCGUGAAGCCAUAUCACUGUGAAAUCUGUGGUAAAUCAUUCUCUGACAAUGGUCACUUAACCAAGCACAGGCGUGUUCAUACAGGUGAGAAGCCAUAUCAUUGUGAUAUCUGUGGUAAAUCUUUCUCUGAAACUGGUAGUGUAACUAACCACAAACGUGUUCAUACAGGUGAGAAGCCAUAUCAUUGUGAUACCUGUGGUAAAUCAUUCUCUACAUCCAGUAUCUUAUGUAAGCACAGACGCAUUCAUACUCCUGAGAAGCAAUAUCACUGUGAUAUCUGCGGUAAAUCUUUCACUGAAUCUGGUAGUGUGACAAAUCACAAACGUAUUCAUACAGGUGAGAAGCCAUAUCACUGUGAAAUCUGUGGUAAAUCUUUCACUGAAUCAGGUAGUGUAACUACUCACAUGCGUGUUCAUACAGGAGAGAAGCCAUACCAUUGUGAUAUCUGUGGUAAAUCCUUCUCUACAUGCAGUGUCUUAACCAGGCACAAGCGUGUUCAUACAGGAGAAAAACCAUAUCACUGUGAUAUCUGUGGUAAAUCUUUCUCUGGUAGUAUAACUACUCACCAGCGCAUUCAUUCAGGCGUGAAGCCAUAUCAUUGUGAUAUCUGUGGUAAAUCAUUCUCUCGAAAUUAUCACUUGACUCUGCACAGACGCAUUCAUACAAGAGAAGUCAUAUCACUGUAAUGCCUGUAAGAAUCGUUUUCUGAAAUAGCACGUUAACUGGUCACAAACGUUUACAUACAGAGGACAUUUGGCAAAUGAUUUACUCAUAAAAGCAGCUUAACUUCUAACAAGAGCAUUCAUAUGACAGACAAACCGCUCCAGUGGUCUGUCAUCGUUGUUUUCCUCUCCAUUUUUGCCAUUCUCUCAUGGGUCAGAAGGAAUUUGUUGAGGUGAAUUUUUGCUGUCCAGAUGCUCUUCCUGUUGCCAACCUUCACCUGUUUCAAACUAAAAUAUUUCCCCGUGACCUGACAUGUUUUUGUGGCAGAUUGGCGAUGGACAUUGCUUGCAUGGCAGUGACACCCACAACUAUCACACAGUCUCAAGGCAAGGAUAUAGUAACACGCACACACACAUUCAUAAGCCCCUCACACUUCUAUGAAACAUCCCCCUCUAUCCUCUGUACCACUAAUAUUCCCCCACCACCACUACCUUUUGUGUAUGUCCUCAUACAUCUCCAUCACCAUCCAUUUCUCUCUAUAUAUCUAUCAUUCUCUCCUUUCUUUUCCUACUGGAAUCGUCAGGUUUCUCCUCUAUAGUAAGACACUCGUCUUUCUCCUGCUGUUAUACAUCAACCUCCCAACUGA